GCAAAUCAUGGCAACUGUCACUAGCUGGCAGGCAGGCGUGAUGGCCCGAGGCUCCACGGCAUAACGGGUAGGGUAGCAGCCGUAGCAUUCGACCUCGCGCGGCGGUACAAUCUGUAUAGCUGUUUGCUCGGCAGUAUCACUGUUUACUGUUUCUCCUUGGCUUCAAGAGUCCGUAAGCAUGGCUAUAACAACUGGCAUUGCGGCCGUGGCAGGCUUGACGGCGGCGACCUCGUAUCUCGAUGCGAAAUACCACGUGAGACAGGAUCUGAAGACGCUGUCGGUGUUGAAGCGCGCGGGAUGGGAGCUUAACCGAGCAAUCAAGAGCAAGCGAGUCGAUGUGUGGUACCAAUUCGAAGAGCAAGCGCGGCUCCUAGCAUCUUCAAACAUGGAUUGCAUCUGGUCUCGAAAUGGAGUGUAUUCGUGGUCGGAGGCGUACGACCAAUCCUGUCGCUAUGCACAGUUCUUCAUCAACCUUGGGAUGGAACCGGGACAGCUGUGUGCUUUCUACCUUAUGAAUCAUCCGGAGUUCGUAUUUGCCCAGCUAGGGACGUGGGCUAUGGGCUGUGCACCGGCAUUGAUCAACUAUAAUCUGGCUGGCGAUGCUCUGAUACAUUGUUUGAAGGUUAGCGGCACCAAGAUCAUGAUCGUGGAUGAGGAUGAUGGGUGUCGAGCAAGAAUCGACGAAUCGCGCUCGGGGAUCGAACAAGAAUUAGGGAUCCGCAUCAUUGUUCUGGAUAGUACCCUCAAAAGCCAGAUUAAUGCGUUGAAGCCGGAAAGACCAGGUGACCAUCUCAGAGAAGACAUGAAGCCAGAAUUCCCAAUGUGUCUCCUAUACACGAGUGGCUCAACCGGCCAUCCCAAGGCAUGUGCAUUCGAGAUGCAAAGAGCGAACGACUUAGGAUCGAGUCGAAUCCGCGCUUUAGACUUAAAGACAGGCCCGAACGGGACCCGCUGGUACAAUUGUAUGCCACUCUACCACGGUACUGGUAACACCAUGGCCGUGACCUGCGUCUCUGGAGGCAUGACUCUCUGCAUUGGUAAAAAGUUCAGCACGUCAGGAUUCUGGAACGAUGUCCGAGCUUCACACGCGACGGCCUUUGUGUACGUUGGCGAAACAGCACGAUAUCUCUUGAAUCAACCGCCAAGUUCCCAAGACAAAGAUCACAGUAUCUCGCUCAUGUAUGGAAACGGAUUGCGACCGGACGUGUGGCUGAGGUUCCAGGAGCGUUUCGGUAUCGCGCGAAUCGGCGAGUUCUUUAAUAGCACUGAGGGCAUGUUCGGUCUCUUCAACUUGGCGGGUGGUCCCUAUAAAGCCACAGCGGUCGGACACCAUGGUGUGCUGUUACGGUUUAUGCUUCGCAACGUCUACAUCCCUGUGGAAAUCGACCCGGAGACUGAGGAGAUCGCGAGAGACCCAAAGACCGGCUGGGGAAUUAGGAAACCAUACGAAGAAGGCGGGGAGAUUGUCGUCAAGAUUCCAAACAAAAAGGCCUUUGUCGGGUACUGGGAGAACGACUCAGCGACGAAUAAGAAAUUCGUGUCGGACCUGUUCGAAAAGGGUGAUGUCUACUAUAGAACAGGUGAUGCCUUGCGGCGGACUCCAGACGGCCUAUGGUAUUUUAUGGACAGGCUUGGCGAUACAUUCCGAUGGAAGAGCGAAAACGUAUCAACUCAAGAAGUGACCGAGGCCCUCGGCCACUACCCCGGCAUCGGUGAGGCUAUGGUAUACGGCGUCGAAGUGCCUGGAAAUGACGGUCGCGCCGGUUGUGCUGCAAUCUACAUUGAGCCUUCCCGGAGAAGUAACUUCGACUUCAAGGCGCUGCAUGCGUAUCUGCACGAAAAGCUGCCGAAGUACGCUGUGCCGGUCUUCCUGCGUAUCAUGGUUGAUUACAAGCCCAUGCACAAUAACAAACCGAACAAGGUGCCGUAUAAGAAGGCGGGUAUUGAUUUAGAAAAGAUUGAGGCGGAUAUGACGGAGGGUGGCACGCCUGAUAGGUUGCUUUGGUGCCCUGCAGCGACACGUUCGAGUGCGAGGUUGUGA